UGCUGGUUUGGCUAGUGACAAGCUGCAAGCGUUUUUGGACGACCUGCUUUCACCUCCACACUGCAGAAAAGGGAAGGACAUGAAUGCGUCUUUUCCAGAGCUCUCCUGUUUGAGCUCCAACAGCACUGAUGACUUCAAACGCCUAGUGUAUCCUGCAGCAUACAUUCUAAUUUUUGUCCUGGGACUCGCCGGUCACUCUUUAUCUGUCUGCGUCUUCUUCAGCCAAUGGAGGACCCAGAAGAGUUUCAAUCCAGUCAGCUUGUUAAUGGUGAACCUUUUGGUAUCAGACCUGAUGCUGGUGUCCUCUCUGCCCCUGAGGGUCUCGUAUUACAUAAUGAACUCUCACUGGACCUUUGGUCACAUCACCUGUAAAGUCAUCUCAUACGUGUAUUAUCUGAAUAUGUACAGCUCUGUGUAUUUCCUAGUGGCCCUGAACAUCUUGCGUUACCUGGCGCUGGUACGACCGUACCUAUACAUACGCAUACAGACCCACUACGUCGCAGGUAUCAUGUGUGCUCUCAUUUGGCUCUUUAUGAGUUUAGCCUGCAGUCCGCUGUUGUUCACUAAGAAAAAAGAUCAAGACGAAAGCAGUUUUCGAUGUUUGGAGCUGGCUGAAGACAAUGUGGAUCAAUUGCUCCUUAUCAACAACGUUACGUUUCCGGUGGGCUUUGUGUUGCCCUUGGUGGUUGUCAUAUUCUGCUCUGUCUUGGUUGCGAAGAACCUUCUGAGGCCUAGUCCUGCACUCGGUAGGACCAGACCUUGCAGGAAGAAGGCUUGUGCUCUGGUCAUCAUCAGCCUUGGGAUCUUUCUGGUGUGCUUUUUGCCAUAUCACGUAGUGCGGACAAUCUUCUUAACCACCGAGAAACAUGUCCAGAAGCAUGAAUACAAAGACUCGUGUGACUUUAUUUUGGUAGUCCGGAAGGCUGCCGUAAUAGCGCAUUGCUUGUGCACGUCUAACAGUUGUCUGGACCCUAUCCUCUUCUUCUUUGUUGGGGAAAAUUCCCGAUCAUUCUUCGCAAAAUGGACAGGAGGAAGAAACCCCAGCACUUGCGCUGCAGGAAGAAACCUACAGCAGGAAGAGUUACAGGUUUUGCAGAACUGAAUGAAAAUGGCUGAACAGAUAACAGACCAGAAGUACCUCAUUCUUCUGUGCGCUUCAUAAAUAGAUGUACGACACGAAAAGGUCAUGUUUUGACUGACUGUCCUUGUUUACACUGGGUUCAGUACAAGUUAGGACCAAUCAACAAAAUUUUGAUUGCUGCAAAUUAAUUUUGGUCCCUCUUUUGUUUAAAAAAAAAAAAAAAAAUCUUGGUUGCAAUCAGGCAGUUAUGAUGAAACUUAAGACUAAUAUGCGUGUUAACAUGAUUUUUGUGUGAAAAAAUACUAAUCUUUUCUGUUUAAUUUUACAACUUUGUCACAAUGAGAACGAUCAUAUCAGAAGACCAAUGCCUGCCUGGUUUCACAGAAAAGACACAAGGCUUAAGACUAGUCCCAGACUAAAAUGCAUGUUUGAGCUGUCUUA